AUGCCCAACUACAAACUCACUUAUUUUAAUAUGAGGGGGAGAGCAGAAAUCAUCCGGUACAUAUUUGCUUAUUUGAACAUAAAGUAUGAAGACCGCAGAAUAGAGCAAGCUGACUGGCCUGAAAUCAAAUCAAGUGUCCUGUUUGGCAAAAUUCCCAUUUUGGAAGUGGAUGGGGUUGUCCUUCACCAGAGCUUGGCAAUAGCAAGAUACCUGGUCAAAAACACAGAUUUGGCCGGAAAAACGGAAAUGGAACAAUGUCAAGUUGAUGCUAUUGUGGACACGCUGGAUGAUUUCAUGUCACGUUUUCCUUGGGCAGAGAAAAAUCAAGAUAGAAAAAAUCAGAUGUUUAAUGAGCUGCUCACACACGAAGCACCUCAUCUUCUGCAAGAUUUGGACACCUAUUUAGGAGAAAAAGAAUGGUUCAUUGGCAACUCUGUAACUUGGGCAGAUUUCUACUGGGAUAUUUGCAGUACUACACUUUUGGCCUUGAAAUCUGACUUGCUGGAUGUUCAUCCCAGAUUGGUAACUUUACAGAAGAAAGUCCAAGCUCUUCCCGCCAUUGCUAACUGGAUACAACAGAGGCCCCAGACCAGACUCUAG